GAGGAAAAAAAAUAAAAGCUGAUUUGAAGAGUGAGGUUUCAAAUUCCAUGGCUUGACCUCCACCUCCAAGGCUGCGACUCUCCAUCUCCUCCCUCAACAAUCUCGACGCUAAAACCCUAAACCCUAAUCGAAGUGAAAUCCAUUGGAAAAAGAUGUUGAUCUUUUUUGGCUACCACCCUAAAUUCCUCACCUCCAAUUUUACAUCAUUCAAAACUAGGGCUUAUUUUCUCUUCAAUUUCACUCGCUCACGAUCAAUGUCUCAAUCCACCUCCAUUCCCAAAAACCUCCAAAGGGUUCGUGACCAUGGCUACGAUAAUUACAUGGAAGUGGAGAAGAAAAUCCGUAAAGUGCUCAAGUUUCAGGACCUUAUUCUCUCCCAAUUCAACCAAACAAUCCCAGUUUCUCGCCUUGAUAUCUUAGCUCGCCGCCUUGGGUUCAAGCAACACGAAGCUGGGGCCUUCGUCCUCAAAUUCCCUCAUGUAUUUGAAAUCUACGAGCACCCUGUUCAAAGAAUCCUCUAUUGCAGGUUAACCCGAAAAGCCCACCUCCAAAUCGAGCAGCAAAAGCGAGCUGUCAUUGCCCAGAUUCCGGAUGCUGUCACUCGGCUGAGGAAACUCUUGAUGAUGUCCAACAAGGGCCGUCUUCGCCUCGAGCAUAUUCGGAUUGCUCGAUCUGAAUUCGGGUUGCCUGACGAUUUUGAAUAUUCGGUAGUUCUCAAACACCCUCAAUUUUUUAGACUGUUUGAUGCUAAAGAAACUAGGAAUAAGUACAUUGAAAUUGUAGAAAGAGAUCCAAGUCUUACUGUUUGUGCAAUAGAGAGAGCUAGGGAGAGGGUUUAUAGAGAGCAAGGAAGUGAUGCUGAGGACAUUAGAUUCUCGUUCAUUGUGAAUUUUCCUCCUGGGUUUAAGAUAGGGAAGUAUUUCAGAAUUGCAAUGUGGAAAUGGCAGCGGCUUCCUUAUUGGUCGCCAUAUGAGGACAUUUCUGAGUAUGAUAUGAGGUCCAUUGAAGCACAGAAGAGGAUGGAGAAGAGGGCAGUGGCAACAAUUCAUGAGAUGUUGUCUUUGACUGUAGAGAAGAAGCUUACAUUGGAACGGAUUGCGCAUUUUCGAUUAGCAAUGAAUCUGCCGAAGAAGUUGAAGGACUUCCUUCUUCAACAUCAGGGAAUUUUCUACAUUUCAACAAGAGGAAACCAUGGAAAACUUCACACUGUUUUCCUCAGGGAGGGUUAUAGGAGAGGUGAUUUAGUAGAGCCUAACGAUGUGUAUUUGGCUAGAAGACAUUUGGCUGAAUUGGUUUUACUCAGCCCAAGGAAGGCAAAACUAGACAGGGAACUAGUUGGGUACAGGAGAGAGAGAGUGGGUUAUGAUAUGGAAAACUGUAGGACAGAUUAUGUGGAGGAUAAAUCUGAUGAUUUUGGUGUUGAGAACAAAGGCAAUGUGAGAGAUGUUUUGGACUCGGACAUAGGUUCUGAUGUUGAAUCCGAUUUCUCUGAUGAUGAUAAUCAUAGUGUCGAGGUCGAGGAUGUGGGCAUAACGGAAUAACGUAAACUGAAUGAAUAACGUAAACUGAAUGUUCUCCAACAGUUUCCUUGGAGCUGCUGUGUUGAAGGUUCAGAGCUCAUUUGGUAGAUCUGGCUGAUACAACGUUGUGAAGCCUAACGGCAUUAAUCUCUUCGCGUUGGUGUUCGCUGUUCGGUUGGGGUGGUUAAUCGGUUCUGUUUUGGAUAUGUGGUUUGGCAGUGUGUGAACGAGUGAAGGGAUGCCAUGGCUUAAAGAGGAGAGAGUUGAAGUUACCACAAGCAUGGAAUCCAAAUUCUGAAGGCAAACAAGAAUUAGGUAAAAAGGAAAUGAAUUCAACUUGGACGGCCAUGAUCUGCAGGAAUACUACAUGGAAAGUCCUUGUAGUUUUACGUUUUAGCUUCAAAGCUGCACAGAAUGUGGCAUAGAAAAAGAAAGCUUCUGGAAGAUUUUUGUUUCAGGUUGCUUUCAAUUCAGUUAUCAUUUUUAUCUCUCUUUCUCAAUAAAUCAAUCAGUGAUUUAAUAAAAAAAAUUUGCGUUGUAUGCAUUCAUUUGAUGAUUCUUUUUCAUUAACAUCAACAUGGAAAUUGGGGAGAGGGGUUUGUAAGUUUUACAUGUGGCAGGUCAUGGAAAAGUCAGCACUUUGUUUCUAAUUUCAACUAAGGUUCCUUUUUGGUUGAACAACUUUGUUGUACUAUCUGCAAGAUGGUUGCGGAAGGCCUCGAUCAUUUACUUCUGCGAUGUGUUUGUGUGAAAUUGUUUCUUUGAGAUGUUCAACUUGAGCUUGAAGAGUUGUAGAGAGACGAUUGCAGAGCUUCUUCUUUGCAUGCCCAUUGCAUGCAUUUUCAUGACUAAAGAGUUGUUCUUGUGGCAAGCAGGUCUUUUGAGGCCAGGGCGAUGUUCAGUUCUUUUUUAGAUCCUAUCUUUCUUAGUAAUCCCGGUUAGAACUGCUUUUUGUAUAUUGUUGUAAGGCUCUUUUUUGGUUCCCUUGUAUAUAUACCUGAAAGAACAAUUUGGAACAAACUUGAAAAUUUGUAUCUUUUUGGACCCAAGUAAAAUAUCAAAUUCCUUAA